CACAGCCACUGAAGAAUCAACAGUUUACUCGCCACCAUCUUCAAAUAGCUGGAGGGUUAUUGUCGGUAUACGGAUCGUAAGCAACACCCCUACGCCGCCACCAACAUGAUUUCACUCACGGAUUCGCAAAGUAAGAGCUACCGCCCCGAACGCGGUUCUUUUGUUUGUGUUGAAAAGCCGGUUUAGCUAUUUGUUGUUUGGCUAGUAGGUGCUUGAACACUAUUGGCUGAGAGGCGUCGUGACGUCUCCUGAAAAGAGGAAGCGGAAAGGAUAGCACGUUGAUACCGUUGUACUUCUAAAAAUAACAGUUCAUAUCCUAUAUUUACUCAUUAGUUUUAUACAGCAGCAUACAUAUUUAGCAUGUCUUUAAAGUAAGUAAGAAAUUGGUAUGGGGCUGACAGGGUUCGGAGUAUUUUUCCUCUUCUUUGGGAUGAUGCUCUUCUUUGACAAAGCUCUCCUGGCCAUUGGAAAUAUACUGUUUGUCUCAGGUUUGUCCUUUGUCAUUGGCCUGGAGAGAACAUUCAGAUUCUUCUUCCAGAGGCAUAAAGCCAAAGCCACCAGCUUCUUCCUGGGAGGAGUGUUUGUCGUUCUGAUUGGCUGGCCGAUCAUCGGAGUCAUUCUUGAGAUCUACGGCUUCUUCCUCUUAUUUAGGGGAUUCUUCCCGGUUGCGGUGGGCUUCAUCAGACGGGUACCAGUGCUGGGCUCCCUACUUAGCUUACCAUGGAUCAGAAAUCUGGUGGAUAAAAUCGGCGAGAGCAACAACAUGGUAUAACCUCAAGAUUUUUUUUGUUUUCCUAUUUAUCACUUUUUUCCAUAUAUGGUCAUUGCCACUCCAGAACUGCAUUUUCUCUGUGAGGAGGAAACAGGUUUUUUUUUUUUUUUUGUACCUGUCUGUGGGUUUUUAUGGGCUGGGGACCAAUGGACUGAUCCAAGCAAAACGUCUGGAACUUUCUAAGCGUCCAUGUUCUGUGCCUGGACACAAAACAGACAGCAUUGUUUGUGUCAGUGGAAUUAUCUGCGUGACAUCGCUAGCCAAUGAAAAGCAAAUCAAAUCACUUUUUUUUUUUGGUUCAAAAACAACUUAUGUUGCUUUUCAUUGGAAAGUGACAAACAGUUAAGUUGAACUAAACUCAUCAAGCUUAUUACUGUCAUUUUUGU